GAAGGGGCGUCGUGGAUGCGCCUGCCAGCCAAUGGGAGUUGCGGGUGGUUGUGAUAGAUAAGGCUGCUGGUGGAUCAUUCUUGACGCAGUUGAGUAGUAGCUGUGGAACGGUGUAGCUGCUUGUCUGCGGUGAUUGGCUCUGCACAGAGUUAUGGCUUCUCCAGAAAUAUCUCAUAUCUCAUGGGGCAGCAUGAAGGUUGGUGGGCAAGCUUAUAAGGACUGCAAGGUUUGGCCAGGAGGCAGCAGGACAUGGGACUGGAGAGAAACUGGAACAAAUCAUCAUCCUGGUGUCCAGCCGGCUGACUUAGAGGAAGUGGUGAAGAAAGGAGUGAAGACUCUUGUUAUAGGGCGGGGAAUGACCGAGUCCUUACAGGUACCUGCCGCUACCCUGGAAUAUAUCAAAACACAAGGCGUCGUUGCCCUGGUCUUCCAAACAGAGAAGGCGGUGAAGGAGUAUAACUCUUUGGCUUCACAAGGUGCCAGAGUUGGGGGAGUCUUUCAUUCAACCUGUUGAUCCAAAUAUCCCGGGAGCAGAGGAUGCUGGGUACAGAAAGGCCUUGUCUAUGGCAAUGAUGUCUGAAUUUAUAUCUGUUGCACAGAGACAAUGCCGGACUGUGAUAUUAAAAACAUCACUUGAGUCUCAAA